AUGGCAGACCCGACCCAACGCGGAGCCCAGAAACUCCCUUCCCCGCAUAAUGUUCGCAGUCCACUUUCGGCAGGCAGCGGUAGCGGAACCCCGAUCUCUUUCCAAACAAACGUGAAUCGCUCCAAAACAAAACGCUGGGUGGAAGCGAAACAAUAUUCUUAUGAUGGAGGCGACUGGGGUAGCGACGACGAAGAGGAAGAAGAGGAGGAGCCUCCCGCAGUACCUCGGCCCCCCUAUGCCACCCACAACACUGGCAGUUCGUCCGAGUUGUCCUCGAGGCGAUUAGGAGCCGGAGAGUCGCAUCAGACUGACAGUAAGGCCGGUAACCUUGGUGGAGGAAACCAGAAGGCCCUUCCCUUUGUAAGGCCGGCCGACCUCUAUAAACGCAUGCGCGAGGAACAAGCGACUCAGCAGUCUCCUGUCACUGGUAGCAAUGAUCCUAAGCCUGAUGCGUUUGGAGCUCCCCCUCAAACAAACCAGCAGGACCCUGAUUUGGGUCUCCCAGAAGUCAAGCGCAUGUCUAGCUUUGGUGCCGAUUUCUUGGGUGGUGCAGACUCCAACCUACCACAGGAUAGCUCCGCAUCUCAGGAUCCCUCUUUGAACCACAAACCUUCGGCGGGAUUCCGAUCGGUAGUGAAUCAAGCCUUCGAUGUCCCGGAAACUCCGCAAUCCACUACUAGUUUCGCGCGGUCGAACAGCGAUGGCACUUCGACGAUCAGCCCUAUCAUGGGUUCUCGUACUAUGACUGAUGAAAAAACACCUACCAUUAUCGAGGAACCUAAUGAGUCGGGCUCCCCGAAGGCAACUGCGACUGCCGCUCCUGCUGCGGCUCCUGCGCUUAUCCCUGGUCAUCGCCGGGACCUGAGCCUUCCUAGUCCGGACAACAGUCCUUCGAGAAAGCCCCAAGUCACAGACCUGGACACCCCGACGGCGGGCCAUGCAGAGUUGUCCUCAAUUCCUCCACUGCAAGGAUUAUCACCAGAAUCGCCUGAUACAGCAACCUCUCCUCAGAACCCAUUAAUGCAGCCAUACUCGCACAAGGGGCAGGAUAUGCCUGCCCCUCUCAAAUUCGGAAGCGCGUCGGGCCCCGAUACCUUGCAUGGUGAAAUCCCCACUAUCAUGGGAGCCGAAGAAUCGCCACAGAAUACCGACAGUGAUCGCCUGAGGGAGGAGAUCAUCCGAUCACUAAGUCGGGAAGCCACUCCCUCGGAAGACCCGGAGCCCAGCACCCAGCCUCAGUCGCAGGUACCUGCUGAGUCUGUCGUUUCUGAAAGCCAUGCAGACCGGACUGGCCCGCUUCCUUUGCCAUCUAGAGACCCUGACGCGAACAUCCAAAUCGCGACUGGCAACUCUUCAUCGACGAUCGUUGAUCAGCCAAAGAAACCCAAGUUAGAAAGACGGUUCUCAUGGGAAUCCUCCGAUUCGGAAGAACCAGCGCCACCUCAAAUGCCUGGCAGCUAUUCAUCGCCUUCUCCUCCUCCUUUAGCUACAUCGUUAUCUACGCAAGAGCCUGAGCCUAUACAUGAGGCGCCCGCCCCAUUAGUACCGGACGUGCCGCGCGACUCGAUUACUUCUGAUGAUGAGGGGUCCGAUACACAGCGUGCUGUGGCAAAGCCUCGACUUUCGAUUGUUCCACCUAUUCCGGAGAACACUACACCACCCGAGCAAGUUAUGGGACCAGGAGUUACGCCGCCUACGCCACCUCCGCAACUACAAGUGCCUUCUAACGCUGGCACUUCAUCCCUCGAUGAGUCUAAACUUUUGGGAUUCCGUGACAUUCUCGGUAUCACCUCUAUCAACCAGCGUAUCAAGUCUUUCGAACACACCCGCGACCAGUUCGCCACGAUUGACACUGGUUUGAAUCAUUGGCUACAGGUUACGAUCCAGGAACACCCCGAGCAUGCCAGCGUGGUGCAGCAGAGCCAGAGUUUCUCCCCUACCGUGCCACCGUCAGAUGCUUCCCGCAGCAGAUUCCCGAAGUUGGGUGCUCUUAGCAGUCUCGGUUCCUUGAAUGACGGUACUCCGACUAGUGCCACUCAUGUUAGACGCCCAUCGGGCCAUCUCGGUACCGUGAUGAACAAAGAGAAAGUCGGGGAGAAAGGAAAGGAGCUCCUCCACACUGCGGGGGCGUUUAGUGGCAAGGCAACUGGGGCAGCCAAGGGGCUGUUUGCUAAGGGCAGAAGCAGGUUCCGACCCAGUGGAGGGUCUGAGAAGGUUCAGUCAACCGCAACUUCUCGCCGCAGCCUUCAGUUCUCCUUCCCUUCAGGGUCGGAUGUGUCUGGUAACUCUUCUCUACGAAACUCUGUCAUCCUUGGCAGUCUGCCCUUGAAAGAGCAAACCAGGCCUGAUCCUGAUCCGCAGGUUAGUCUCUGUCUAGAUGGUCCACAUAAUGAACAAAAUGCCGGAAAACGUGUCGUGGCGACCAACUCCGGGGAUAACUCCCUGUCGCACAACCACGUUGGCACAACUGUGCAACCGAAGCAACUGUCAACUUCCAACGGUGUCCCUCUUAAACCUGAAGUUCCCGGAAAGUCUGCCUUUGCUGGAGAUUUGGAGCAGGAGAUGAUAACUGCCCUUGGCCUUUCGCCCACGGGUCCUCAUCCUCAGAGGUCUGCAAGUACUCCUAUGGCGUCGAAUGCAUUUAGCCAGGUACCUAGCAGGAAACGCCAAGUUACAGAGCCGCUGCCACAAGGAGAAAGCAUCGGCAAUCAACCCGAUACUAAAGCGCCGGCGAACAACGCCCCAAUUGCAGAAAAUAGCCUGCCAGCCAUUCCUGAUGAGCCUUUUGAUGUCCCCUUUCCGGUUAUAGACAGCCAGAAGCAUCAGACAAGCAAGUCUAUACCGGAGAUUGUUAUUCCGUCAAUCCGGCCAGUGUGUGAUGAGAGUCCUCCGCCUCCUUCACGUACUCCGCCUCCACCUCCUCCCAAAGAUAGUGAUAACGGGCUUGCUCCUAGGCCGGAUCAUAAGCGCCAGCCCUCCGUCUCCACACUCGGAGUUGACGAGCGAGCUGGCAGUACAUCUGAUGACGAACUCGACAGGCAGCCCCCAUCCCCUUUGCAAGAAAUAGCAAAUGAGGUAACACCAGAACCCUGGUAUAAAAGCAAGGCUGAGGAUCCUGUGGAUGAAGCCUCUGAUGUCUCCCGUUCAUCUGCUCAAGAGAAGAGGAAGUCAUUCAUACCUUUCUAUCCUAUGGAGUCUCCAAGCUCUGCUGAGAUCCUCGAGUCCAAAAGAAAAUCGAUCAGCGGCCUACCUCCUCCAUCUGCUCCAGACGUGCAUAGCCCCCUGAGAAACGAAGUCAGAUACUCGCCGGGAACUCGGAGCAGUAUGCUGAGCUUUGGCAGCUUCGGGAAACAGAGCGCGAGUGGCAAAGGGACUCGUCCAUCUACGCCUGCUAAUGAUCUUUCGCAACCUUCGGAGUCUGGAUCUCCUGCAGAGAAUGGGGAGUCUACUAUUGGAAAACUCAAGAACUUUGGGAGGCGACGACGCGCUUCGGUUGGAGAUCUCCUUUCUGGUAUUCAAUUGCAACAGCCUCAAGGCGCCCCGGAGGGCCAGCGGAAGCGAGCGCUCAGCAGGAUUAGUGGGCUAUUUGGCCGACAAAGCUCUCAAGAUCCUGAGCGAAAACCGACCGACUACACAAGGACUACCUCGGAACAGCUGCAGUUCAAAUAUCCGCCGACACCCCCGUCGACAAAUGGAAAUUCACAUACUAGUUUCGCUACGCAGGAUGAUCCACCGGUCCUCGGCAAUCCAUUUGAACAAAAGUCUUUGCCAACUCAGCCACCCAAGCCUAUGGCACCACCACCACAACCGAGCUACGCAAAACCUCCACCCCGCGAUAAUCGCCAACGUGCGAGUGUAUCACUUCCACCCAGUUCGUCGUCCAAUUCCCUAACGACUGGUCGUUUUUACUCGCAGUUUCAAUCUGGAUCUACGAGUGGAACCCCAACCCCCUCUCGCCAUGCCAGCACCCUCAGCCAGCCUCUCACGGGUCAUUCCCGGUCACCGUCUCCCAUGUCAUUGCAUGAGAAUCGAGCUGCACCUGCACUGUCCCGUGAAACCCAGCAAACUCAAAGCCAAGACCCACAGCUGGGUACCGUGAGCGAGAACCAGGAACAGGAGAAACAUGAGGAGUACAAGGAUCGCGUGCUUGAGGGGCGCCUUCGACACGAAUCAUAUGAUGUAUCCCAAGCUCCGAAAAACAGUACGAACCACCCAGGCCAGCAAGACGAAUCACAAGGCGAUCACAAACAACAAAGUCUGGCUCCUCAGCUCAGCAUCCGGUCCCGAAAUCCAGUGGUCUCGGACUUGACAUCCCCAGCCCCAGAGAACCAUGCAACCCGCAACAUCGCCGUCUCAAACACCUCCGUCAUAUCGGCGCAUCCUCACCGCAAUGAAGACAAGGCACGUAUAGUCAAUGACACGCCUCAGCCGGUGGAACUUGCUGUCACCGCGGAUGACUCUAGCGAGGAGGUCAUCAUGUCCCCCACGUCCUACCCCGGACAGGAAUGGACGCCCAUGCAUUUGUAG